CCUAAGAUGGAUGCAGAAAUUGUUAAUCGCCAUUUUUUUGUGCUUUCCCAGACUGCAAAUUUUCCAACUUAUUUUGGUAAAAAGAUUGAAAGUCAAUAUGAACAAUAAACAAACAAAUUAUUCCAUUUCGCUGUCUAACAUUGUGGAUCAGUUUUGGCUAUUUGGCUGCUAUGUAUUGCAAGCUUCCAUUGAUCCUUAUCACACUGGGAUGUUUAACCACAAUCCAGAAUGCAAAAAGACCAUUUCAGUUGAUUUGGACCACGUACAACUGCACCAAGUUCGGUGAACGUGUAACGUAUUUAAAAUGCAAUUUAACAAAAUUGGCCAAAGGUUAUGCCCCCGAAUUAUGGAUUGAGUUUCAGAGUCAAUUGUCCGAAGACCUGGACACCGAAAUGAUAAUUACUUACAGAUUACCGAAAAGCCCAAGGAUUGUAAAAUUCUUAAAUCACCGACAUAAUCUUUGCAAUGCCAUUAAACACAUGCAGACUUUGCCAUUCUAUAAUGAAGGAUUUGUUCGCAUCAUGAGAUACACAUCCCUGCCCUGCAAUUGUCCCAUAAAAGGGAAAACUCGCUACAACAUUACGAACUUUGUAUUCACCGAAGAUCUUUUGCCACCAUUUACGCCGCCCUUGUCUUUUAACUAUUCAUUCGCAUUGUACGAGAAUGACAUAAAGACCAGUUGUAUAUCUGCUAGUGGUGAUAUAAUACGCAAAAAAUAAGUCGACAUGUUUAACA